AGAGAGAGUUAGAGCUGCUCUGCAGAUUAUCAACACAGAGAGACGGGAGAGAGAUGCAUCCAAAGAGGAAUGCAGUUUUAUGAAUUAAGAAUUCUCCAAGGAAAAUAACUCUGUGAGCAAACUUGCUACGGAAAACACAAGGUUUUCUAUUUUAAGUGAUUUAACAGAAAAGCAGAGGAUGACGACACAGAUUACUGUGCCAAGAAAUCCACAAACAGGAACAAUAGGACAUGACGACUAUAGCCUGUACAGCAGUAUGAGUGAAGAUGAGCUCAUUCAGAUGGCCAUAGAACAAAGUCUGAAUGAAGAUCACACUGAGCAGGUAGCUGCACAGAAGAACAUCGUAGCAGCCCCAAGAAACCAAGUUAUUGCAAACCCAACUUGUAAUCAUAAUCCACCAUUUCCAAUUUAUCCUUGGCAAAGGCAGGCUGUACAGUCCGGAAGCCAGCUUCAAGCUUCCAGCUCCGGGUCAUCUCAGGGGUUAAGACGGAGAUAUAACGGCACCUUGUUCACUUCACCCCAGCCGGAAGUGGUAGAUCCUCUAGUGACAGCAAUCAAGGAAGGAGAUGAAAAUGCAUUGUAUGAUAUGAUAAAAUCAGGAAGAAAUCUGGCACAGCCUAACAAAGAUGGAUGGUUGCCGCUCCAUGAAGCUGCUUACUACGGGCAAGCAUGUUGCUUGAAAUUUCUGCAUAAAUCUUACCCUGGGACAAUUGAUCAGCGUACACUUCAGGAGGAAACGGCACUCUACAUAGCAACAAACAGAGGAUAUAUUGAUUGCAUGCGUGUAUUGUUGCAGGCAGGAGCAGAACCUGAUAUUGCAAACAAAUCUAGGGAGACGCCACUUUAUAAAGCCUGUGAACGCAAAAAUGCUGAAGCCGUCCAAGUGCUAUUGCAGUAUAAUGCUGAUGCAAAUCACCGUUGCAAUCGGGGAUGGACUGCUCUCCAUGAAGCUGUUGCUAGAAAUGAUUUGGACAUAAUAGAACAUUUGGUCAAAGCUGGCGUCAAGAUUGAUGCUGCAAAUUGUUAUGGAAUCACUUCUUUAUUUGUGGCAGCUGAGAGUGGUCACUUAGAAGCUUUGAGAUACCUUGCCAAGUGUGGAGCUGAUAUUAAUACCCAAGCCAGUGACAAAGCCUCUGCACUCUAUGAAGCUGCUAAAAAUGGCCAUGAGAACAUUGUGGAGUUCCUCUUGUCUCAGGGUGCUGAUGCUAACAAAGCCAAUAAGAAUGGGUUAUUACCUAUUCACAUGGCCUCUAAAAAAGGCUAUUAUAAGAUUCUGAAAAUGCUUCUCCCUGUAACUAGUCGCACUCGAAUCAAGCGCAGUGGCAUCAGUCCUUUGCAUUUGGCAGCUGAAAGCAACCGUGAUGAUGUCUUGGAAGAACUGAUUGAGGCUGGAUUUGAUGUGAAUGCCAUUCUCUCAGAGGAACGUUCUCGACUUUAUGAAGACCGGCGCACCAGUGUCCUCUACUUUUCAGUUAUUAACAACAAUAUUUAUGCUACUGAACUGCUUCUGGAGGCUGGGGCCAAUCCCAAUGUCGAUCUCAUCAACCCACUGCUCAUAUCCAUCCGCCAUGGUUGCUUAAAGACAAUGAAGCUGCUUCUUGACUAUGGAGCCAACAUUGAUGCCUACAUUGCCUCCCACCCUACUACGUUUCCCGCUACCAUCAUGUUUUCAAUGAAGUAUCUUGCCCUGUUGAAAUAUCUGAUGGAUUUGGGAUGUGAUGCCUACUCCUGUUUUAAGUGUCAGUAUGGAUGCGGUCCACAUCCUCCCAUUGAAACGAGGAGGGACAGGUUUAAUGAUGAACCCCAAGUGAAUAAAGAGCAAAGAAAUGUACAGUUUUGUGAAAUGGUUUCAGCUCCAGAGAUAAGUCGUUGGGCAGGACCGAUUAUUGAUGUUCUUUUAGAUUACGUGGGCAACGUGCAACUUUGUUCCCGGCUGAAGGAGCAUAUCGACAGUUAUGAAGGGUGGUCUAACAUUAAAUUAAAAGCAGAACCACCAAGGCCACUUGUUCACCUCUGCCGCAUCAAAAUUAGAAGUUUGAUUGGGAAAAACCGUAUUUCCCUUAUUGACUCCUUGCCCCUCCCAGGAAGAUUAAUUCGCUAUUUACAGUAUGAUAAUCGCCAGUGACCUCAGAUAAACCUGGCAAUCAAUUGCAAGAAGAAGUAUAUGUAUGACAAAACACAGUCACAUGAUGGAGUCAGAUUGAUAUAGGGAAAGAAAGAUUUUGCUUUGCCUUGCAAGGGGGGAAAAGGAUGUCUGCACAGAAGGAUCUGAUCCAAUAGUGUUAAGUGUAUGGAUAACUGGUGAGACAAGUCAGGUUAAAGGAUUCUAGGAGCAAACGGCAAAAGAGGUUGUAUGCUAUUUUUCAGAGAAAUUCAGUUGGAGUUGGUGGUGCCACAGCAGUAGUAUCAUAUAAUGCAAGGAGGAGAAAAUGAAAGAGCACACAGGAAAAGUUCACAAAGGCAAUCACAAUUAUCUCCAAAUACACACUCACACAGAUAGCAUAUGAGCCCAAUGAUGAUACCGUUUCAUUUUCUCAGUGACAUUUCUCAUGCUCUCCACUUCCAGCAUUAACAAGAUUGGCUGUAGGUUCUGUUUGCAGUCUGACAGUUCACACAUUAUGUUGGUCUGCAUGACUGGCUGCCACGUGAGGUAAGCAGAAUUACUUACAAAGAUGAGAAGUAUAUUUUAUGAAUGGUUGCAUAUCUAAAAUCAUCUUGGUCUCAAGCAAAGAUCUAAAAUAGAAUAAAGCCCACAAUAGUUGAAUGGGUGAAGAUUAAUUUAACACAGUUUUCUAGUGUGAUAAGACUUUCUAGCUAUUCUUUCUCUUUCACUUUUUUCUUCUAACUUAAUUUUUUCAUGAUGUUGAUAUUCUCAGUAAUCAACAUCCUGGGCCUUUUACAAUUUUUGUUCUUGUUCCCACAUAACUCACAUGUUUAAAAGUGGGUGCUGUAAAGAAUUAUUGGCCCAUUUUGUCACGUUAACACAAAGUCAAUUGAGCUAGAGGGGCCACAUUUUCAGAUUAGCACAAGGAUGAAUUACAUUUUUUUAAUUGUCCGAGAACUUGUGGAAAAUGGUUUCACAAACAGUUGCACAACUGUUUAAGAUAUAAUCCAAUGCAACUGCACUAGCAUGGAUUUUCAUUCCACUAGUGACCACUUUAAAAGUAAGAAAAGAAAAUCUUGU